UCUUAAAGUAUCUUCCAUCCCUAUUCCCCAACAACACUAAACGUUCCCCAAUAUUUGCUUUUUUUUUCAGUGGGCUUAUGUGCUUACUUAUUUUCCCCUCCAUCCCUAACACUUAUGUUCCCCAAAAUCAAGGUACUCCAAAAUUUAAGUGUCACUGACAUCACUCUAUCUUAGGAGUUAGUACUAUAAUACCAUCAUGCAAUCACACCACUGCCGCAAUACUUCUACAUUCACUUUAUAAAUUACUCUGUAGAUUGUAUCCCCUGUAAUUAAACUGGUUUAGCAGCAUAAGUUUUAUGCAAGUUCAAUGGGGAAAUUAGCAGCCGGUACAUCCUGGCUUACCGCGGUGAAAAAGGUUUUCCGAUCUCCAACCAAAGCGUCCCCGAAGAAAGACUGUAAGAGAAAAGAAGAGUGUACAAGAGAAGAAGAUGAUGAAGAAGAAAAGAAAACGGAUAAAAGAAGAUGGAUUUUCAGGAAACUUACAAGUCAUACUCAACAAUAUGAAACUCAUGUAACUAAUAAUGAAAAGAAAGAAGACUCGAGUUCUAUCAACCAGCACAGACGAGCAGUAGCAGCAGCAGAAGUUCAUACAGCAGUAGCUAAAUCAGGUGUUGUAACUGCUAAAGUAGCUGUUAGAGUUCAGGAAAUAAUACCUGCAUAUUUGGCUAGAGAAUACUAUGCUGCUUUGAUUAUUCAGACAUCUUUCAGAGGCUACCUAGCAAAGCGAGCUUUGCGUGCACUCAAGGGGAUCGUAAAGCUGCAGGCAUUGGUGCGAGGCCAUAACAUACGAAAACAAGCAAAGACAACAUUGAAAUGCAUGCAAGCUCUUAUCCGUGUGCAAGCUAAACUCCGUGAUCAAGCUUUAUCAAAAGUGUCACAUGGUCUUACCAGAAAGUCUAUGUAUGCUGAAAGCAACAACUUAUGGGACAAAUACAAAGACAUCCAUCAAAGAAAGCCACUGUCUGGAGAUGAGAAUAACACUGAAGAUGAUCAAUGCAAAAGCCAUUCAUACACAAUUGAGGAUAUUGAAGCCAUAUUUCAAAGCAAAAAGGAAGCAUCUUUAUGCCGUGAACAAGCCCUUGCCUUUGCAUUGUCUCAACAGAUACGAAGAUUGGACCGGAAAAUAUGUCAGAUUGAUCAGAAAGAUCGGGAAAGUAAGGACAACGACGAGUGGCUGAGUCAAUGGUUAGAUUCAAAGGAGUACACUGAGAAUCAGACCAGACCAACAACACACAAACUAGAAACCAUAAAGAAUAUUAACAUGGACUCAUUACAGUCUCACCUCAGCACACCAACCAGUUUUCAACGAUCACAGCAGCAAAGAAGACAUAGCCUGCAUGUUCAAUCAGCAAGCCCACGAUGCAGUAAAGGGUAUAAAAGUCACUCUGCAGCAAACACCCCUACACUACGCUCAAACAACACAACACCAAACUACAUGGCAGCCACAAAAUCAGCAAAGGCCAAAGCUCGAACACAGUCUACACCAAGGCAGAGACACUCUACAUCAGAUAGAGAAGUUCGAGGUGGAUCGGUUAAGAAACGACUGUCAUACCCGGUUCCUGAGAUGCAAUAUCCAGGGAGUGUUUACAGUACUGAUUACAGUUGUUUUAGUCAGAAUUUGAGAAGUCCUAGCUUUAGAAGUGUUCAGGAAGGAAUGUACUGUCGUGUUGAAAGAGCGACUACAUGUUCUUCCUACACUGAUGUUACUACAGGAGAAGUUUCCCCGGGUUCAACUAGGAGUCAUCUUAGAAGGUGGUUAAGUUGAGGGAAAGGGGAUUAUCAUAUCAUAUCAUGUGUUUGGUUGAUUUGUGUUGUUAAGUAGGAUUAAGAUUCAGCAUUGAUGAGUAUGGUUAUGUUUUGCUGUAGAAAAUUAAUUUUUUAAAGUCUAAUGCUAAUUAGAGCACCACA